AUGGUUUUCCCUCUCUGGUCCAAUUACAUGUUCGAUUACGACACUCAACGAGACGCUAGCAGAGUAAUUGACCGGGUCUCGGAGUUCAUCGGGAAGGAGGUCGUCCCCGUCGGCCCGCUCGUGCGAGAUGACUCCGACUCCGACAAUAAAGUGGUGAAAUGGCUGAACGAAAAAGACCCCUCGACGGCCGUGGCGUACAUUUCAUUCGGGAGUGAGUCGUAUCUAUCGGCAGGGAGAGGGAGGAACUAG